AUGUCGAUCGUGUUGAAUACAUCAGAUGUACCGUCGCAGAAGGGGUGUCAGAAGUUGAGCCAACGUUUAGGGCUAGAGAAUGGUCUUCACGGCAAACUUGCCAAGAGUGCCAAGAGUGCCAAGAGUCUUGGCAUGUCUAGGAUGCAUACCUCCGUGAAAUCCCCAACCAAGAACGCAUACCAGUAUGUUCUGGUGAUGCCUGACCCAAUGGUAUUGAGCACAGGACAAGUUCUACGAGGACGUAAUGCCACUUAUCGCCUCCUCAAUGCACUCCAUGCGCCAACGGUGUAUAAAGCACAAGUGCUGGAGAGUUCUAUCAUCAAAGCAGAUUUUGCGGUGGUCAAAACAGCAGUGGGGUCCACCAAGAAAGCCUUGAGGCGAGAGCGAAACAACUACCUCAUUCCUGGAAUACGCUCGAGCCCAUAUAUCCGCAGUCAUUGGGACAUACUUGAACCCUACUCGAGUGAUGACACAGCGCAGGCAGAUGAGAUGGCCACAGCCCCGCCCGGUAUGGUCUUCGAGUGGAUGGAGUAUGACUUGUGGCAGGUGUCGUCUGAAAGAUAUCGUCAAGACUCAAUCCUUCCCAAAGUCAUAGCUAGAUCAGUACUGUCGGCACUCGCUCUUCUGAAGACACAGUACGACGCAAUCCACACAGAUAUCAAUCCAAACAAUAUUUUCCUUUCUGAUUUCGACGGUCCUUCUCCUGUCGUGAAAGUAGGAGACUUAGGAAACAUGUUCGGAGAUGGGUAUGACGUAAUGCGUCUUCAGAGCCUUGAGUGCCGUGCCCCCGAGGUGUGGAGAGGCUUAGGUGUCUGGCAUUCUUCGGACGUGUGGUCAUUUGGGGUUACGCUUACGCAUUGGCUGUCGCACUCAGCUAUCUUCGGUCCCCACGAUAAGAUCGUUCAAGAUCUGACCGAAGCCUGGUGUAUAGCCAAGAUACGACGACUUGUUGGGUCGAUGGAACCGCCGGUCGAUCCGAAAUACGAAGAGGAGUUCGCGUUGGCGGAGUAUCUCGAAACAAGCUCUUUCAAGCAUCAGGAUGAUUCUUCGGAGAGACCAUUCAUGAGUGUUGGUACCCUUCGUGAAGAGCUCGAGAAGCUCUCUGCUCCCAAGGUGUCUCCAGAGCUUCUUGACUUCAUCGAGUUCUUGCUUGUUCUGGACCAUACGAAGAGGCCAAGCGCAGUGGAGGCGCUACAGCAUCCUUAUCUUCGCUAG